UGGCUUUAUGGGGGCGUUCUCUCGCGGGAAGAAGGCGACUGCCGGCUACUGGAGGGUGUGGGAGCUAUGGGCUUAUGAGGUGCUGAAGAUGUACCCUCCGGAGAACAAGUGCCCGAACCUGAGGAUGCUCCCCCGUGCCAUGAUUUGGGGUCCUAUGUACAGCGGGAAAAAGAAGUCCAGAGGGAGCCUCCUAGCUUUCCGGACCUACCUCGACGAGCUGUCUGGCACUCAGGUGGAUUGGAACCCUUGGAGCGGCGCUGAGCCUGAGCCUGCGUACUUGGCGGAGAGCAGGGUGGUGACUGCGAGCCGGGUGCUUUUGGAGUCGGCCUUCGGGUGGCGGUGGUACCUGGGUGACCGGGUGACACGGCAGUCACUAGGCGCUCUUGACUUUCAGGUGCCGGGGCCACUUCCUCCUCACGCUUCCCACACGGACAAGUAUACCCUGGCUGAGCUGAGGCGCUUCUCUGUUCCGACCGGGCUGGCUGCUUUUCUGAGGCCUGAGCGUGACUACGCCGUAUACCGGAGGCAGCACCUGGCGAGGCCGCUCGGCGUGCUGGAGCAUGUCGCCGUGCAGAGUGAGGCGCUUGAGGCUGGUGAGGAGAGGCGGAGCCGGGAGAGCAGGGCAUCCCGCCCGAGAGAGAGGAGCGACUAUGCCACAGCGACUGGGCUGCCUCGGCUUUCUUGGACCCUAGCUGUGCGGGACACGGCAGGAGAGGAGGCUAUAGUUCGGUUCGAGCCCGCCAGGACAGACCCAGCAGAGAUCACAGGGCCGUAUGUACACUUUGCUUGCAUUCUGAUUCUGUCCCGAAAUAUGUCACAGGCCCCGAUAGAAUGGGUGAGUAUGCCCAAAUUGCUGGCCAGUUCACUCAAUAUUUCCCUGGGCUUGGCGAAUACCAUCCUGGAGGGCGGCCAAUUGAAAAUCAUGCGGUUGAUCGAAAUGUACAGCCCGGACGGCGAUUUGGCUAGUGAUGAUGCUCAGGCGCGUCGCCGCUUUGCCUUGGUGAUCUGCUUGCUGGCCGCCUACUUGCUUGUGCCGGCCGACGGGCGGGUCAGCCCUUCACUGGUGAGCGUUGCUGCACAGAUGGGGGCGCGAAGGAACGUGGUCCCUCUGGUCCUGGCCGAAACUCUCUUGGGUUUGGAUUUGGUUUGUGGCUGUCAGACAAGUUGA